UUACGUGUGUGACGCAGCCUCUGUAAGGUUACAACCUUGGUCAAUGGGCGUCCGAGGUCUGGAUUCCGUAAUUACCAGGUGAGGGUAAGCAGGCCUGGGCAGCCAAUAGAGCUUAGUGUGGCGCUUGCGGAGGCCGGGCUACGCGGGAGCCCCUGCCACCUGUUUGGAGGUUUGCAGGCGGUGACGUAGCUGUGGGUGGUCAUGAGCUGCCCGCGCGUACCUUCCAUAAAUACUAGGCUGGCUGCCAUCUUUGUUUGUCAGACCAGACAGAAACUUCUCCCUCACUACCACUCGACUCCAAGUACACACACACAAGCUCUACUUCUUUACGAAGCCAAUCAUCAACCAUGCCUUUCACCGCCAGCGACAUCUGCAAGAUCCUUCUCGCCAUCAUCCUCCCUCCUCUGGGUGUCUUCCUCGAGCGCGGCUGCAAUGCUGAUUUCCUCAUCAACAUUCUGUUGACCGUCCUGGGUUACAUUCCGGGUAUCAUCCACGCCUUGUACAUCAUAUUCAAGUUUUAGCGGGGGCGCGCAAACACGAAAUAAUACCGCAAUAACGGCAUGACAACUUUGUCAACCAACGAUACCCAUCUCUUAUUCCUUUCAGCCGGCGUCAAGGCUCGGUCACUCGAUUUCUGCCCACGUCACUCGGCAUCUGCGUUGCUAGCUGCUGCUGCUUAGCAUGGGGCAUGCGGGCGAUCCGGCAGUUCCCGGUCGGAUGAGCGUUGUCCUCGCUCCGGCUCUCUUUACGACUACUUCUUCAUGAUGGCGUCUUGGUUCUGCAAGAAAUCUUCAGGCUUCUUCAGAAGGUUUUCUGGUGCGUUAUACGAGCGUAGCGUGCCAAACUUAAUCAAACUUCUACAACCAUGAA